CUCGCUCGGCUCUCGGCAGUGUGUGUCGCGCGCGUAUAACGAAAAAAGCUCUCGGACUAGACAGAGAGGCGAGCUUCUGUCUCGGAUAUAGAACCAACGGUGCGUGUAUGUGUCGGUGUGUUUAUUUUGUAUGGUGAAAAUAGUGAGCUCGUGGCCCCCGUCGACGUGCUGUAUAUUUAUAAAAAAAUAUAUAUAUACGACGGACCCACACACAAUUUUUAUUUUGGAGAAAAAGUUUCUACGCAUUCGUGCAGAAGACGACGACGCUGGACGCUGUCUAUACACAGAGGUACUGCUGUACAGCUCUGUUUGAUACACGGAUGGACGCGCUCAGUCACGCGGCGAUAAAUAUCGAGGCGAGAGGGGUGAAAAUCAGUCAUCGUUUUCUCGCACUGCCCAACAACAUCGUCGAGGCGGCGGCUUCACCUUCCAGCAGCAGCAACAGCAGUAGUUAAUGCUCGGAUGAUAAUAAUAAUAGUAGUAAUGACGACCGAGCGGUCGUUAUUAUAAUCGUGCAUAUAUAUUUAUAAUGAAUACACGCGGAGUGCGCGCGUGAGCGAGCUUGCACGUUAAUACUGUGAUCUCGAGAGAGAAAAAAAAACGAGGAAGAGGAAAAGUCAAGUCGACCCCACCGUAUCUGUAUAUCGCAGACACUGGUAUGCGCACGAGAAUCGUCGAAGUAGCUUUGGAAAGCUCGACGAAGACAGCGACAGCAACAACGAAGACGACGACGAUCCAGGUGUCCAGGCCGUAGCAUGCGGCUGGCCCCCGUCGUCGUGACCUACGCAGCAGCAGCAGCACAUCGUCAUCAUCCACGUAGUCGUAGUCGGCCGCUGCUCAUUCGCGCAGAUAAAUCCUCGGCGAUCGUCGUUACGACGACGAUACCGAUAGUCAGCGUAAGGCGCAAACGCAGAAGAAGGAAAAGAUCAUCGACCUCUGCUACCAGAAGUCUUUGGCCCAGCAGCAGCACGUAGAAGAAGAAAAGAAAGAAGGAUUAGCCUUACCCGCUUCUCUGAUUCUUUUUCUUGGUCGAGAGCGAGGCAGGGUGCAGAAAGUACCCCGGUAGCAGGUCUGUCGGGUCUAUGCGCGAUAGGAACCGAUGAGCACCGCGAAUGGCGGCACUGCGCCGCCGCACCCAGCCCACCAGCUGCCGGCCAACGGUGAGGCUCAAAAGGACUCGCUUUAUCCACCGGACCAGUUGACUUAUCAAGCGCAGCAGAAUGGGGGCAGUCAGAACGGCCUGUCGCUGGUCGCCGCCGGCGGGCCCAACGGCCUCAACAACAACAACGGCGGCGCCGGCGACACGGAGAAGAUCCUCCGUCCGCCGUACGAUCGUACGGCCGAGCAACGAGCGGCCGACCGCAUCGCCGAGAAGGCCAUGGCCAAGAAGCAGGUGCGCCGCGGCAACAAGGCCCAGCCGGACAGGCCCGCUCGGGCCCUCUUCUGCUUCGGUUUGAAGAAUCCCAUCAGGAAGCUAUGCAUCGCCGUCGUCGAGUGGAAACCGUUCGAGUGGCUCAUAUUGAUGACCAUAUUCGCGAAUUGCGUCGCGCUGGCCGUCUACACGCCCUACCCGUACUCGGAUUCCAACGCGACCAACUUGUACCUGGAAAAAAUCGAAUACAUCUUCCUGGUGAUAUUCACGUCCGAGUGCGGCAUGAAGAUCAUAGCUUACGGCUUCCUGAUGCAUCAGGGCGCCUACCUGCGCAACGGCUGGAAUCUGCUCGAUUUCACCAUCGUCGUGAUAGGCAUGAUAAGCACGGUGCUCACGACCUUCAUGAAGGAGGGCUUCGACGUCAAGGCCCUACGUGCCUUCCGUGUGCUUCGGCCACUCAGGCUCGUCUCGGGUGUACCCAGUUUGCAAGUCGUGUUGAACUCGAUUCUGCGGGCCAUGGUACCGCUGCUGCACAUCGCCCUGCUCGUCAUCUUCGUCAUCAUCAUCUACGCGAUCAUCGGCCUCGAGCUCUUCUCCGGCAAGCUGCACACCACCUGCUGGAACAACAUCACCGGCGAGAUGUGGUCGGAUCCGCAUCCCUGCGGGACGAGCGGCUAUCAGUGCUCGACCCUCGGACCCGAGUGGUACUGCGACGCCGACAAAUUCUGGGUCGGACCCAACUACGGAAUCAGUAACUUUGACAAUUUUGGUCUGGCCAUGUUGACGGUGUUUCAGUGCGUCACUCUGGAGGGAUGGACCGAUGUUCUCUACUCGAUCCAAGACGCCAUGGGAAAUUCAUGGGAGUGGACUUACUUCGUCUCUCUCGUCAUCCUCGGCGCCUUCUUCGUCAUGAACCUGAUUCUCGGUGUGUUGUCCGGGGAGUUCUCCAAGGAGCGUGAAAAGGCUAAAAAUCGUGGCGAUUUUCAAAAGUUGCGCGAGAAGCAGCAGCUCGAGGACGAUCUCCGCGGCUACCUCGAGUGGAUCACCCAGGCCGAGGACAUCGAGGCCGACAUCGAGGACAAGAACGAGGAGCAUCAGCAUCACCUUCAUCAUCGUCAGUCGCAGAAGCAUCACAACAAAAGCAACAGCGACGGCGGCGGCGGCGGCGGCGGCGGCGACGGGGACGGAGGCGACGGCAACAACGGCGAGGCCGGCUCGCAAGCCGGGGGGGAGCCGCAGGACGAGCAGGACGUCGAGAAUCAGCCCAAGCCCGAGACCUUCUGGCAGAAGAAGAAGAAGGACUGGAGCAGGAAGAAUCGCAGGAUCAAGAGGAUGUGUCGCAAGGCCGUCAAGUCGCAGAAUUUCUACUGGCUCAUCAUAUUGCUGGUGUUCUUGAACACGGGCGUGCUGGCUACGGAGCACUAUCAGCAGCCCCUGUGGCUCGAUCAGUUUCAAGAAACGACGAAUAUGCUCUUCAUCGUGCUGUUCUCCUUGGAGAUGCUCGUCAAGAUGUACAGUCUCGGGCUCAACGGCUACUUCGUCUCGCUCUUCAAUCGCUUCGACUGCUUCGUCGUGGUGGGCUCGAUCAGCGAGAUGGUCCUCACGAACACGGGGAUCAUGCCACCCCUCGGCGUCUCGGUGUUGCGUUGCGUGCGUCUUCUUCGAGUCUUCAAGAUCACCAAGUACUGGCGAUCUCUCUCGAAUCUCGUCGCUUCGCUGCUCAACUCGAUCCAAUCGAUCGCCUCGCUCCUGCUGCUGCUGUUCCUGUUCAUCGUGAUUUUCGCGCUGCUGGGAAUGCAGGUCUUCGGUGGCAAGUUCAAUUUCAGCACCGAGGAGGACAAGCCGAGGGCGAAUUUCGACACUUUCCUGCAGAGUCUGCUGACCGUGUUUCAGAUUCUGACGGGCGAGGAUUGGAACGUCGUCAUGUACACGGGUAUCAGGGCUUACGGCGGAGUGGAUAGCUCUGGCGCAUUGGCCAGUAUUUACUAUAUCAUACUGUUCAUCUGCGGUAACUACAUCCUACUGAACGUCUUCUUGGCCAUCGCGGUGGACAACUUGGCCGACGCCGAGUCCCUCACCACCAUCGAGAAGGACGAGAACGAGGAAGAGGGCCGGAAAUCGCUGAGCGGCUCGCCCAAGCGAGGGGACGCCUCGAGCCUGGAGGAGGAGCGCGACGCCGACGACACCGGCGGCGACGAGUACGAGGGCGCCACCUCGUCCGAGCAGGAUCAUCAGGAGGGAUCGAUCGAGGGCUCCGCGGACGCUGGAUCGAUGGAGAAAGACGGAAGCGGUUCCGAGGAUUACAGCUACGAAGACGAGAUGGAGGAGUCCGAGAUGGAGGAUAACGGAGAAGACGUCGAAAACGGCCGAAGUACCGCGCGACCUCGCCGCCUCUCGGAGGUCGAGGAGGGCACCCCGAUCCUGCCCAUACCCGCGGGCACCUCCUUCUUCAUCUUCAGCCAGGACAAUCGUUUCCGCGUCUUCUGCCACUGGCUCUGCAAUCACCCCAACUUCGGCAACUUCAUUCUCGGCUGCAUCAUGAUCUCCUCGGCCCUACUGGCCUGCGAGGACCCCAUCGACCCGUCCUCCUUCCGCAACAAGUUUCUCGGCUACUGCGACUACUUCUUCACCACGGUCUUCACCAUCGAGAUCUGCCUCAAGACCAUCACCUACGGCUUCAUAUUUCACGAGGGCGCUUUCUGUCGCUCGUCCUUCAACAUUCUCGAUCUCGUCGUCGUUUGCGUCUCCAUCAUAUCGACGCAGCUCAAUAGCGGCGCAAUAUCCUUCGUAAAAAUUUUACGAGUUUUGAGGGUAUUGAGGCCUCUCAGGGCCAUCAAUCGUGCCAAAGGACUCAAGUACGUAGUGAAAUGCGUGAUCGUUGCCAUAAAAACUAUCGGCAACAUAAUGUUGGUCACCUAUCUCCUACAGUUCAUGUUUGCCGUUAUAGGCGUGCAACUUUUCAAGGGCAAAUUCUUCAUGUGCAACGACAGAUCGAAGACUACGGCGGAGGAGUGCCAGGGUACUUACAUUCACUACGAGGAUGGUAAUAUCAACCGGCCGGUAACGGAGGAACGUAGAUGGGAGAGAAACACGUUCCACUUCGACGACGUGGGUAAAGCCAUGUUGACUCUGUUCACCGUGUCGACUUUCGAGGGUUGGCCCGGAUUGCUGUACGUAUCGAUCGACUCGAACGAGGAGGACUACGGGCCGAUCUACAACUUCCGGCCGAUCGUCGCCGCCUACUACAUCGUCUACAUCAUCAUCAUCGCCUUCUUCAUGGUGAACAUCUUCGUGGGUUUCGUCAUCGUCACGUUCCAGAACGAGGGCGAGCAGGAGUACAAGAACUGCGAGCUGGACAAGAAUCAGCGCAACUGCAUCGAGUUCGCGCUCAAGGCCAAGCCCGUGCGACGCUACAUACCCAAGCAUCGCAUCCAGUACCAGGUCUGGUGGUUCGUCACCUCUCAGCCCUUCGAGUACAUCAUCUUCGUCCUCAUCAUGGCGAACACGGUGACGCUGGCGAUGAAGUUUUACCAGCAGCCGAAGCACUACACCGAGCUGCUCGACGGCAUGAACAUGGUAUUCACCACCGUCUUCGCCAUGGAGUUCAUCAUGAAGUUGGCCGCGUUCAAAUUCAAGAAUUACUUCGGCGACGCCUGGAACGUGUUCGACUUCAUCAUCGUGCUGGGCAGCUUCAUCGACAUCGUCAGCUCCGAGGUGACCUCGGGGCCCAGCGUCGGCUUCUCCAUCAACUUCUUCCGACUGUUUCGCGUCAUGCGUCUCGUGAAACUUCUCAGUCGUGGCGAGGGCAUACGCACGCUCCUCUGGACCUUCAUCAAGUCGUUCCAGGCCCUGCCCUAUGUGGCCCUGCUCAUCGUCAUGCUGUUCUUCAUCUACGCCGUGAUCGGCAUGCAGAUGUUCGGCAAGAUCGUCAUCGACGACGACACGCCCAUCCAUCGAAACAAUCACUUCCAGAAUUUCCCCCAGUCGGUUCUGGUGCUGUUCAGAUCGGCCACGGGCGAGGCCUGGCAGGAGAUCAUGAUGGCCUGCUCGUACAGCGAGAAGGUGCGCUGCGUCGUGGUGCCCGGAGAGUCGCCCGACGAGGUCGCCGACAGCUGCGGCUCCGAUCUCGCCUUCCCCUACUUCAUCUCGUUCUACGUGCUCUGCUCGUUCCUCAUCAUCAAUCUGUUCGUCGCCGUGAUCAUGGACAAUUUCGACUAUCUGACGCGCGACUGGUCCAUUCUGGGGCCCCAUCAUCUGGACGAGUUCGUGAGGCUCUGGUCCGAGUACGAUCCGGACGCCAAGGGCCGCAUCAAGCAUCUCGACGUCGUCACCCUGCUGCGCAAGAUAUCGCCCCCGCUGGGUUUCGGCAAGCUCUGCCCCCACCGAGUGGCCUGCAAGAGGCUGGUCUCGAUGAACAUGCCGCUCAACGCCGACGGCACCGUGCUCUUCAACGCCACCCUCUUCGCCGUGGUCAGGACGUCGCUGAAGAUCAAGACCGAGGGCAACAUCGACGACUGCAACGCCGAGCUGCGCUCGGUCAUCAAGAAGAUCUGGAAGCGAACGUCGCCCCUGCUGCUGGAUCAGUGCGUGCCGCCUCCGGGCAAACCGGACGAGGUCACCGUCGGCAAGUUCUACGCCACCUUCCUCAUCCAGGACUACUUCAGGCGCUUCAAGAAGCGCAAGGAGCUGGAGGCCAGGCUCAUGGGCGACGAUCACUCCAACGCGGUGACUCUGCAGGCCGGACUGAGGACCCUGCACGACGCCGGGCCCGAGCUCAAGCGAGCCAUAUCGGGCAAUCUCGAGGAGCUGCUGGACGACCCGGAGCCGAUGCACAGGCGGCCCAAUCACACCCUCUUCGGCAUGUGGUCGAGCAUAAGGAAGACGAGUUUCAACAGGCCCAAGUCCUUUAAAGUACCCACCACAGCGGGUGUCAAGGUUUCGCCCAGUAAUUCCAUAGAUUUCCAGUCGUAUGAUUCGUUCCAGAGAGGAGGACCGGAUGGACAGAAUCAGAUGAUGAACGCGCGAGCUCACCAAGUCGUGCCGAACGUCGCUGGCAGUUUGAGCGAUAACGCGUCGAUCGGUCCCAUGCCGGGUUUGGAUCCUCGCAUGAUCGGCGAACAGAAAGAGCACAUACCCAUGCAGAUGAUGCUAGCCACUCCAAAUCCACUGAGCAGGAUGAUCAACAACAGCCAUCUUCAAAACGGAGUCCAGUGCCAGGUGACUGGGGCUCCCCUCGGUGCCGCCGCCGCCGCCUCGGCAAGUCAUCAGCAGCAGCAGCAGCACCAGGCCGCAGCGGCUUCUGCAGCUUCGGCUGCAGCCGCGGUCAAUGCCCAUCCAGCAGUAGGUCCGUCCGGGCCGCCGUUGCCGCCGCCCAGGUCGCCGAUGGCCUCGCUGAGGCAGCAGGUUCACCACCUGCAUCGCAAUCCGCUGAGAUCGUCGGCCGAGACGUCGCUCAGCGCCGCCGCUGGAGCUGGGGCAGAGGCAGCAUCCGGCUCGUCCGCGCUACCGAUGUGCAUGAUAGUGCGCGACCAGCAUCCGCACGACGGGCCGCCCUGCCCGCGCUGUCACAUCGCCGCGCAACAACGAUCCGCGCAACGCAAUGUCAGACGCGCGUCCAGCCGCUAUCGCUACGACGGACCUGGAGACGCGCAAGAGGAUUCGGAGCAAGACAAAUCGGAGACGGCUGGAGUUAGUCAAGCCGACGACGACUACGACUACGACGAGAGCCAACUGAACGACGUCGAUUACGACGACGUUGAGCUAGCUGAGCUCGACGACGACGACGACGAGGACGAGGAAGAAGAGGAAGAGGAGGAGGAAGAGGACGAGGACGAGACAUCCCUCGAGAGCUCGACCACGACCUCCGGACAAAACAAGGACGACAGCGGCGGCUGGGUGCGGGCCGCCCCACCGACCUCCCGUCGUCCGAUCUCGUCCUCUCUGCGCUCCCAUUACCGAGUCAAACAGCAUCGGCUGGUCGAACCGACCAACUCGUCGCCGAGCGUCUCUUACUACGACUCGUCCUCCGAAGCGAGCGGCGCCAAGAAAAGAACCACCGUGACGAGCGCCGAGGACGGAACCACCUCGACGCAGACCAGCAUGAAGAAGAAGAAGAGGAGCAUCUCGUCGUCGCUGCGCAGCCGCAUCAGCGGCACCUUCCGCAGGCACAGCAGCAGCGGUGCUGCUGCUGCUGCUGGCUCGCGCUCGAUCGCCAACGGCCUGAAAAUGGCCCAGAACCAGGCGAUCGCCGUGGCCGGCUACCUGGCCGACGUGAGCGCGUCCCAGUGGAAGGUCCACGAGACGCCGCCGCCGCCCCAUCGCGCCUCCUAUCACGGCCGAGUCUCGGGUCACGACAGCAACGGAAGCGUGGGUAAUCCUCGCCUCGCUCAGAGCCUGCCCGGCAGCCCAGGGGAUCGCAAGCCCAACUUCGGCGCGAUCGGCAGCGCCGAGAGCCUCGUCGGUCACGUGCUGAAGGAAACGGGCCUCGAGGAGUACGCCGCCGAUCAGGACUUCGUGCAGACGACGUCGCGCGAGAUGCAGGAGGCCAUGCACAUGACUCCCGAGCAGUUCGAGCGCGCCGCCCGCCUCAUUCUCGAGGAGCGCCAUCGCAUGGAGGUCGAUCCGCGCCCCUAUCCCCAGAUGGAGGCCCAGGCGAUAAUUAGGCAGAUGCAGAUGCAGCAAGCGGCGGCGGCGGCGGCCAACAGCCACCUCAGCCCACCGAGGCCGGAUCAGCUGUAUCCGCCGCAGCCGCAGCAGCAGCAGCGAGCCUGGGGUAACAGCUACCAGCAGCAAAGGCCGGCCAGUGCCGGUAGUAUGAUGAUGAUGCAGCCGCCGCAGUUCCCGAUGGCGGCGGAUUAUCAGCCGCUGCGCCAGGACGUGCAUCAUCCGUCGCAGCAGCAGCCCCAGUAUCGACAGUUCCCUCAGCAGCAGCAAUAUUAUCUUCAACAGCAGCAGCAGCAGCAGCAAUAUCAUCUUCAACAGCAGCAGCAACAUCCGCCACCCGCGCCGCCGUCGCCUUCGUCUUAAGAUGCUCCGCGCGUCGUAAUCAUGAAAAUAAAUUAAUGAAUACAUGAAUAAUGUCCCCCCGCAUUGGUGCUACACCCACCCCAUCAAACUGGACGUUCAAAAUAAUCUAUAAACACAUUGAAUUCAUCCACAUUUAAUAUUAACAAUGACAAUUUUAUAUUAUAAUUCGUAUCGAUAUUAUUAUUAAUGAUAACGUUGUGGAAUUUUCGCGAGGAUUACGGAAUCGAGGGACGAGAGAGCCGAGAUCGAGGAUUAUUACCUAUGAUAUACCCGUGUUUUUUGAGACGAGAUAUCUGUCACUGGAUGACAGCUCCACGCGCUUGUUUCUCUAUGCUAUAUAUUGUAUACGACGUUUAUCCAAAGUUGAUGUUUUUAUA